GAUCAUUUGCUGCAGAGUGAACAUCUCCUCCCUGUUUCAAACAGGGAGAAGAGGAGCAGCCAUGACUGUGAGAGCAGCAGUGACUGGAUUGGUUAUCUUUCUUCUCUCUGUGCCAGUGGUCCAGAGUCAGAAUGGCUGGGGAGUGACUUAUUCACAAACUGAAGUCUGUGCCUUGGAAGGAUCAACAGUGGAACUAAGCUGCACCUACACAUAUCCAAGUUCUGGCUAUGAUAGAGUUACUGAAUCAUUCUGGUUUACUAAAACACAGAAUAAGGAACCUGUUGAUGUGAGAACAGACUCACAGUACACAGGACGUGUGACGUACAGUUGUGAAGGGAAACGCUGCACUCUGAGAAUCACUAACGUAGAGAAGAGAGACUCAGCUACGUACAAGUUCAGAUUCAUAACAAACCAAGAUGGUGGCAGAUUUACAGGAUACCCUGGAGUCAUUUUGUCUGUUACAGAUCUUCAGGUGCAGGGAACUUCUUCACGGUCCAAGCUAGAACUGAAAUGUCUCAGCCCUUGUCCUUUACCUCAUCAUGUCUCCUAUGUCUGGUACAAGAAUGGACACAAAAUCUCUGCAGAAGAAUCUUCUUAUUCAGACAGUUAUGUUGAUGCAGACAGCUACUCCUGUGCUUUGAAAGGCUAUGAGGAUUUCCCCUCUCCUCUGUACUGUUACUAUGAUUCUUACUGUAACAAAGUGAAAUACACUCACAGAACCAUCUGCGCCUCCAGAGGCUCAUCAGUGGACAUCUCUUGUUCUUACAGAAGUUAUGAAAGCAUCAGCUCAAAAUUCUGGUUCAGAUCUGAGCGACGUCAGUCUAGGCAAUAUGACCUAUGGCCUAAAGACCUCAGAGAAGAUUCCCAGUAUGUAAAUCGUGUUCAGGUCACUGAUAAUGAGAGUGGAGACACCACCCUGAGAAUCUCUGAGCUGAGAGAGAGCGAUUCAGCCGUCUAUCGUUUCACAUUUACAGCAGGAAGCUCUGGAUGGGGAACCAGUUUACCUGGUACAACUCUGACUGUAACAGUUAAACUCUGAUCCUGCGUACGAGAACAUCUCAGCUGUCACUGCAGCACAGAGAGAAGACAGAGAGGAGCAGGAAGAUGCUGUAUGAAGUCCUCAGGUUAGAGCCUCCUGCACUGAAUAAACAGAGCCACUGUAGAUUUACAGUCAUCUAUGUCACAUGUUACAACCAUACUAUACCAGUAUUCCAUUCACUUUUCUGUCAUGUUCUUUAAAUGCUGUUGAAUCAGGAGAAGACUUCCUGUGGAGAAGUGGGGACAUUUACCUUCAGCCGCUGUAGGCUGAUAUGAAUUCAUGUGAAAUUGUUACUGAGAGACAAAAAUCAGGCUGAAAACAGAUAUAAAAGAAUGUUAUAAUUACCAACAGUAAAAGAGGAAAGCAGAUGAAACAUCAGCAGAAAGCUGGAUUUGAUGCCUUAGGCUGAAGAAGUAAAAAUCUGCAGUUAUCUCUCUAUCUCUCCCCGUCUCUCUCUGUUUAUAAAUGUUUCUACAUGUUUUAUGUGAUUCUCAACCAUUUUUGAUAUCAAGUGUCACACCAACAGAUUUAUUGUCAUGUACUUCAUCAACAUUAAUGUCAGUCAGUCUGCA